AUGAAUCUUCGUUUUUCAAGAAAAUUAUUUACUUUACUCACUCAAAACUAUCGAUUCCCCUUCUCCUCAACAAGGGUUUUACUCCCUCAAAAACAUCGAAUCCCCUUCUCCUCAACAAGGGUUUUAGCUUCUUUCUUCUUCUCCACUGAAACCCCAAUCAAACCUCUAUCUUCUUCAGACUCUUCUAAAUUACACAGAAGAAUUGAAGUCGUAAGAGACCAAAAAGUCUCAAUCGUACCAGUGCUUGAUCAAUGGGUCAAAGAAGGCAACACUGUUGACAGAUACCAGCUAGUGUAUCUGGUUCGGCUCCUGACUGAUUAUAAACGGUUCAACCAUGCUUUAGAGGUAUCGGAAUGGAUGACGGGUCGGCGGUUUUUUACAUCAACAACGGAAGAUGCUGCAGUUAGAUUGGAACUAAUCCAUAGAGUUCGUGGAAUAGAGGAGGCAGAGAACUACUUUAAUAAACUUCCGAUUGAGUUAAAAACUAAGUGUGCAUAUGUUGCUAUUCUUCAUGGCUGUGUGCGAGAGAAAUCUGUGCAGAAAGCAGAAGCAAUAAUGCAGGAAAUGACAGAAGGGGGCAUGAUCAUAUCAUCUUUUCCUUAUAACUUAUUGAUCAACCUUUACUCUCAAACUGGAGACUUUGACAAAAUCCCCCCACUGGUGAAAGAAAUGGAAAGGAAUGGAAUUACUCGAGAUAAAUAUACAAUGAGAAAUCUAAUUGCUGCAUCUGUUGCUGCAUCUGACAUUUCCACUUUGGAAGAAAUCUUGAAACUGAUGGAGGAGAAUCCAGGUCUUGUUCUAGAUUGGACAGUGUAUGCAAUGGCUGCUGAUGCAUAUCUGAAGGUUGGGUCAAUUGAAACAGCUUUAACAAUGUUAAAGAAGCUGGAGAAAUGGAUGACGUACAGAAGGGAGAAAAAGGCAUUUAAUUUCCUUUUGACUCUCUAUGCAAAAACAGGGAAUAAGGACGAGCUUUAUCGAAUUUGGAAUUUGUACAAGCCCUCGAGUAGAAAAGAUCUUGAAGGAGCAAAAGAGGGAUUUGAAAUUUGUAAAAGGCAUUUAAUUGGACCUGCUCUCAAAAUCAUGGAUACAUCAUACUGCUGCAUGAUUGAAUCUCUUUCGAAGCUGGAUGAUAUUGAGGGAGCAGAAAAGAUCUAUGAAGAGUGGGAGUCCCAGUGCACAACGUAUGACUUUCGUGUAUUGAAUAGGCUUCUUGUUGCUUAUUGCAAAAAGGGACUUUUUAAGGAGGCUGAAGCAGCCAUAGAAAAGGCAGUGCAAGGAAGAACACCUCAUGCGAGUACAUGGAAUAUAAUGGCAAUGGGGUAUAUGGAACAUGAUCAAAUGCCGAAGGCUGUUGAGAUGUUGAAGAGAGCCAUGUUGGUUGCAAGAAGAGGCUGGAAGCCACUUCCCAUCCUCGUGAAUGCCUGUUUGGAGUACUUGGAAAGGCAGGGAGAUGCUGAAGAUAUGAAAGCAUUCACCAGGUUGUUGAAGAACUCCGAACUUUUGACUGAAGAUAUAUAUUGUAAAUUGUUAAGGACUUGUAUUGCAGCUAGAAAAUCAGUUGCUGAUGUUCUUGAUCAAAUGAAAAUGAAUGGUUUUGCUGUUGACGAAGAAACGCAAAAGAUACUUGUAACUAGGCCAAGCUUAUAG